AAACCCACGAACUGUGAGAUCAUGACCUGAGCCCAAGUCAGACGCUUAAUGGACUGAGCCACCCGGGUGCCCCUUGGACCCUACUCUGAAAUCUGUUCCUUUGUGUUGUACUCAAGCUCUUUCUGUUGCAAAGAACAAAGAGCCUAUUUUUAAGAAUACAUGUGAACUGGAAUGUUCCACAGCGGAGGGACUGGCAUUUUUUGAUGUGCUGGCAUCUCCCUGUCUUCUCACCCUCUGUGUACUCACUCUUCUAUUCUCUCACCAUUUGGCUUCCAUUUGUUCAUUCAGCAAAUGAGUCCUGAGUGUCACAACAGGCCAGGAUGACAAGCAUGUACCCUUCAUUCCACUGACCAAAUUCUCCCUAUGUGUCUGAGUUCACAUUUCCAAGCAGCAGCAAGUGGCCCAGUUAUGGAGGGACAUUUCUGUAGCCCAGGGUUCCUAUUCAUCCAGAUAUGGCUGGAGAAGGAUCCUGACCUUCCAGGAUCACCCCUUCUCAGACCUUACCUGUGCAUUUGUAACAUCUCCCCAGUCAGAAUGUAAGUCAGGAAGGACUGUGUCUCUACCAUGAUCUGCUCGUAGAAAGUGUUCCACGAACAGUGUUAACACAGGUGCUUGUUCCAUUACAUGGGGGUGGGCUUAUUGUCGGUAGAGGGUGGGAAUCACGGCCUCCCUCCUGUUCCGACAAAGUACUGUUAUCAGUGCAGUUCAUGUUGUGGACAGCAGCAGGUCCUGUCACAUGAACGUUGUCUUUGAAGGUAAAGGUGAAGAGAGAUUAGGAACCAGAGGAAAAUUCUAGGUGAGACAUACAGAGCGCGUGUCAUUCUUACAUUCCCCUACGUGGGCAUAAAAAUGGAGCAUUUCAAAUGGAAUUAUAGACCCAGGCAAGAGUCCUUUUGCGUGGAGCCAGGCAGUUUUAUUCAACAACUGUCUUCAGAUGCUCAGGUCACAAUUCCUAUUAAUGUACAAAGUCUGUGGAAGAAAUUGCCCUACAGCAUAGCACUGAUGACUCGAGACAGAGGGCCAGGAGGUUAGAAUAUAAUUUGUGUCUCAUCUCUCUUCAAUAGAAAUUUUGUUCAAGUCCAGAUAAAAUAGCUGGAGGAUGCGGCUGCCUAAUUCUGCAGCGGGAGGGCAGGAGGCGUUAACCCUCAGAGCUGCCGCCAGCGUCCUGGGUUCACUGGGCAGCCAGGCGACGCAUGGCCCCUUCUGCAGAGGGCCCGAGGGACCCAGAAAAAUACUGGUUUGUGUCAGUCUGCCAGCAGGCACAGGGCAAGCCGUCUAAAGAGGCAAGCAUGUGGAAGGAAUCAGACUCGGGGUCUGUUGGUCGGGUGCUCUCCUCCCCCCUCUUCCUUCACUGGUUGUAGCCAAGGCUCUCCCUCCGGGUGCUCUGUGGCUCCCCGUUGCCUUCCCUCCUCCAGGUGGGCGCUGCUCCUGCCCUUUCCUCCACACCAGCACUCACUUCCUUUUCCAAAUGAUGGAGUAAGUGCUUCCUCUGUCCGGACGACGUUGCUUUUUCACUGCCUGCCACACACACACACACACACACACACACACACACACACACACACACACACACACACACACACCACCCCACACCAAAACCCUUCAUGGAAUGUUUACAUUCCAACCCAAAGCCAAUCCUAACAUCACCUGUCCCUACUUCCUGCCACACGACACCAGAUUCUCAGAACCACUAUGGCCUCCUGUCUUUUGUGUGUGUGUGUGGAUCUGGAAUGUCACUGAUGCCCCAAAACCUGCCUCCUCGUCCUUCUCUUUCCCUCCCCUUCACACAGCCCGAAGAGGAAGUUCUCUGCGUUAAGUUACCAUAGCAUUUACAUUAUACUUCUGACCUCGGUUAUUUUGGUUGUUCACGGGUUUCUUUUCUCCACUGGGCUGUGAGCAUUUUUAGGGCAGAAACCUACUGUCCUUCACCUACCUUCACACCCCAGCACCUAACAAAAGCAAAGUGCUCGUCAUAGGAGCUCAAAAGUUUUGGAAGGAAGGAUAUUCAUGGAGGUGAUUGUUGCCUUUUAAAUAUUUGAUAUGCUUUUGGACUCGAUAUAGGCUGCUGUUAAUAUGUUAAUCCUGAUAACAGGUUUCUAACAUCACCAUGUUCGUUUCUGACCAGCAAAAUAAGAAUGUUAACCUGUGCCACAGUGGCAAUUUAUAUGCAAGAAUCAAUAGUUCAAGUACCAGGAAGAAGUGUGGCUAGGAGGUUGGCAAUGUGAAUCCAAACUCCCUUCUCAAAGCACUUUGAAGGAAAGCGAGGGGUAGUCUUCUACGAUGAAGACACAGGUUUGGGGUAUCUCUUUUUGCCUGGAUUUGCUUAGAUAUAAAAAUAGAGGAUUGGAUUACAGCUCUUCUUCUCCUUUAAGUCUAAAAUUAGGUGAUUCCGGUGGUUCUACUUAACAGGUGUUUAAAUAUUGCAUAAAUUUUUCUCUGUGCUCAAAUUAGCAAUCAAAGCUACAAAGGCUUGCUUUUUUACCAGUGCCUCAAAAACAUAUUCAGAAGUUCAUUUGACCCUGAAUAAUGGCUGUGCAAACACAUUAAGUGGUCAUUUCCACAACUGUUCUGUUUCUUUAAGAGACCUCGCUUGUUAAGCUGGAAGAUCAUUGAACCAUAUGAGGGUCAAUAAAAGAAUAAAAAGUCACCGGUUGGUGAUUUCGGUACAAGGAACUUAAUCGUAGUUGAGUAUCUGUGUCCAUAUGCUGCUGGCCAUCAAAAGGGGAGUGUUUGGUCUUCGGCAGCUUGCCCUUCCUCAGGAUGGUUUCUGGAAAACUGAUCAAGCUCCUGCUUUUUGAGCUUUUCGAGUUUGCUGCUUUCUCCAUUCCCACGCUUGUGAUCGUGGAACAGUUUGCCACCACCUAUCAAACAGCGACGGGGAGCCCUGAGAAAACACAUUAUUGGCUGAUUGUUUCCUGUUCGAUUGCCUAUGUGGCUUCAGUGACUCUGCUGAUUUGGGUUCCCAUAAAAGUUCUCUUAUACAGGAAGCAUGCCUUUUCCAAAAAAAUUAAAGGAUGGAGACCUGUUAUGAUGAUGUGUGUUAUACUCACCACACUUCCCAGCUUCAGCUUUUCUAUCGCAGGGACUGAGGUUCAAAAGAAUAUUAAUGGUUCUGCGGAUACCUUACCUGAUACCUUACCUGAUCUGCCAGUUUCUCUGGUUCUGACUUCCUUGAUUAUGGUGGAUAUUAUUGAAAAACUCAGGAUAUAUUCUCUUAGAAGGUGGCAAAAUUGUAAUGAAGUUAGAUAUGACUAUACAGCCACUUUGCACCAAGUAAAAACCGUGAUGGACCAAGUGAAGCAAAUGGAAGAAAAUACUUCGUCUCCGCAGCCAGCCAUGAGGACCGAGGCAUCACAGCCACGGGGACAAAGCACACAGAGCCCCGCUCCAGCGCUGGGAGAACCCCAGGAGCCCUCCUUCCACUCGGGAAUCCUGGGAACCAUGUCCCAUCAGGACGAUCGUGCCCAGAUCAUCCUGUGGAGCUUUCUGCUGUGGUCUGACACCAUAGAAAUGGUGCGCGUGGCUGGCCACCCUGCUGUGUAUAAGUCAGGCUGGCUGUACCCAGUCUACAUCUUCAGUUUUAUUUCUCUCCUUCGGAUGAUAUUAACUCCUCAGAACCCUCUUCAUAAUUCCCUGGGCGUCUUUCUCCAAGACUUACCCUUUAUUUUUAUUAGACUUAGUUUAAUCAUUGCCCUGGGAACUAUCACACCCGUAUUGGGCCUUUGUAAAAACAUACUAGUGACUCUCUCUCAUGUUUACUUCAAUUACUUAUCCAAAUUCAGAGCUUUCUCUACCUUUGAAAUGUCUUCAUUUUAAAAAGAAAAUGGAAUAGGGCCACCUGGGUGGCUCAGUUGGUUAAGCAUCUGACUUCGGCUCAGGUCAUGAUCUCAUAGCUCAUGGGUUUGAGCCCCGCGUUGGGCUCUGUGAUGACAGCUCAGAGGUAUAAAUUUUUGUCCUAUGGAAAGAAAUGAGGAAUACAUUGUAGAGAAUAAACUGUUUUUAAUAAGGGUAGCUUAUCGCUUUUUGAAAAGUAUAUUCAACUGAUGUUAAAUUUAAGCAACGUUUUAUUCUUAUAAGUUAACUCACCUGGAUCUCUAGAAAAUGUUAGUAAUUUUAGUUAGUUAGUUAUGUAUACUGCACUUUUUCUAAAAACACUCUUCAUUAAAGCCUUAAAAAAAUUAGAACAUGUUUUCCCACUAAGUCCAAAAAUGAUAUUUUUAUCAUUUAUAUAAAUUAAAGAGCAUUGCAAGAAUGAAUUAGAUAGAACUAUUUUUUUUAGAAAAUAUACCUGAUGUUAUUGAAUAAGUUUUAGAUUAUACUUGAAAAAAUUUGAAUGGUAGAGGCACCUGGAUGACUUUAGUUGGUUAAGCGUCCAACUCUUGGUUUCGCCUCAGGUCAUGAUCUCACAGGUCAUGAUCUCCAGUCCCGUACUGGGUUCUAUGUUGCUGGUGCAGAGCCUGCUUGGGAUUUUCUCUCUCUCUCUCUCUCUCUCCCCCUCCUUCUCUCCCCCUCCCCUGCUCGCCCUCCCUGUCUCUCUCAAAAUAAAUAAAUAGGCAUUUUUAAAAAGAUAUAAAACAUUUAUUAAAAAAUGUUUUUGAGCUGUAGUUUUAAGGUCUCCUUCAAACAUGGAACUAUGUUCUUUAAUCCGCUGUGGCAAGCGACUUUUAUGUAAUUGACUGAUUUCAGCAUAAACAGCAAUUCAGUUUAACAGAUGUUUGGUUCAGUUUAAGGCAUAGCCCUUUGCUCAUACUGAAGUACUAAUAUACAUAUUGUUAAAUGUAAUGAAGUCUAGGUACAUCAGUAACACCUAAAGUUUUACCAUAGAAAGAGGCCAUAAAUUGAAGGUGUGGAUUUCAAAGAAUAUUUUAUUUGUGGAAUUUCAUACCAUCAUAAAAAUAGUCACAAGCCCUGUUUAAAAAUUUUUUAAUGUUUAUUUAUUUUGGAGAGAGAGACACAGCAUGAAUGGGGGAGGGGUAGAGAGAGAGAGAGAGAGAGAGAGAGAGACAAGAAUCUGAAGUAGGCCCUAGGCUCUGAGCCAUCAGCACGGAGCAUAAUGUGGGGCUGGAAUCACAAAGGGCAAGAUCAUGACCUGAGCUGAAGUCCCACACUUAACCAAUUGAGCCACCCAGGUGCCCCACAACCCUGUUCAAAAUUAGAAGUUCAGGUUAUGAACACAACAGCAAAUGCAUCUGUGCUGUAUGUGAUAAUAUAUACUGAAUGCCUUGAUGUGAAGUAAUUAGACGCAUAAUUAUAUCAUUUGUCUUCACGACUUGGUGACACUUGUGGAUAUUCAGCUGACAGAAUGAUUUGAGAGGCUUAUGUGUGCAGAGUAAUGUGUCAAACUAGCCAGUCUCUUCAAUGAUCUGUGGCAACAAAUACGGUAAGAAUGGAUAACAGAACUUGCAUGCUAGCCCUUGUCUCCGUCAAAGUCCCCAAUCUCGCAGAUCCCCUAUGCUUUAUGGAUUUUCUUCCCACUAUAAGAGGUCUGUUUACGCUUCUUUAAAAGCUUAGCUUCUGGCUUUAUGGCUUUGGGUAAGUUCUUUGACCACUGUAAACCCUAGUUUCCACAUCUAAAACAAGAGCAUAAUAAUCUUACCUUAAUAGGUUAGAAUUGUACUUUAAUAGGUUGACGAGGAUUACAUGAGCUAGGAAAUGCUGUCAUCAUAUUGUCUGGCAAACAAUAAUAACUUGAUAAACUAAGUAUUUCAAAUGUGCCACAUUAACCAUUUUACUUAUGAAAAAUAAUAUGUAAAAUUUCAAGGUCACCUUAGGUUAUAAUUUUUCACCAAGCAGCAUGAGGUCCAAAAAUGAGCAAUCUACUGAAUAUACAGAUUAAAGUUGGUAUGAGUAUUCACUUGGCAGGCAUUUGAUUGUCCCUCCUGAGUUCUUAUAGUGCUAAUUAUAGUGCUCUAUUAAGACUUUAUUUGAGGGUUUACUUUUCUGAGUUCCCCAUUAAUGCUUAAAUUCCUUAAAGGAAGUCCUGAUGGUGUCUUGUGGGUUUCCCUCUUCAUCUGUCAAUCCAACAGGCACUUAUGAUACUUAGAACUCUAAAAAAUUGAGAAUUCAAAUAAUCUCUUUCAAAUUAUGCCAUGAUAAUCUUUUUUAAUUAAGAAAAACAUGUAGGUGAAGUAGUUGAUUCGUAAUUUUCUUAAAUCUGAAAACAUUUGACAUACAUUUAUAUUUAUCUUUAUAUUGGAAUUUAUAGAGUGACCAGUGGUCAGACAAACUCUAAAGUAUUACUUACUGGAAUUUAGAAUGCGUUUUGUGUUUAAUAGUUGAAUAUGGGUAUACCUGGCCUACUGGGAAGUCACAACACUUUAUACAAACAGUAAAGAGAUGUACAUGUAGAGGAAAAUUAUUGAGUAACAAUUUAAUAUUUUAUUUCAAGAGUAUACACAUGUUUAUAAAGUUCAAGUCUAUGAUAGUCUUUCAUUUCAAUGCCUUUCAGAAGUUUUAAUUAAAAAAUUUUUAAAUUGAA